AUGAAAACUCAAAUUUCAAAAACUGUGGACAGCGUAGGGGCCGUAGAAAUGGAACAUAGAAUUUCUGACUCUGCAUCGGACUAUAAGGAUUCUCAGAUGGGGAAUGAAUAUGAUGCGACCACGAAUCGCGAAAAAGUUCUUGGAACAUUAAGUGGCAUGUCCAUGAACAUAAAUAAUAUGAUAGGGAGCGCGAUAUUUUCUGCUACUGGAGAUAUCUGGUUUUUAACCGGAAGUGGAGGAAUGACUUUAUUACUAUAUGUAAUUGGGUUUGUUUACUCCUUGGUGGGAAGUUUCAUUUAUGUUGAGUUGGAUAGUAGCAUACCAGAAUCAGAUACAUUGGACGAGAUGAAAGAUCCGGAAAAACGGCUAAAGAUUUCAAACCCCAUCAGUGUUUUGGUGGUUGGAGUUCUGUACAUUCUUGCCGUUCUUUCAAUAAUAGUAGUUGUAGAUCCUAGUGCUGGUCACGAAGAUGCCUAUAACCAAGUUAUAAGCACACAAUUAGGCAAUGAAAUUGGUCUAGGGGGUCUGGUCUCUGUGCUGAUUGCGGUUUCCUCGAUUGGUGCCGUUGGCUCAAUGGUAUGGAGUGGCUCAAGAAUUGUUGCCGCCGCCGCUACCAAAGAUUAUAUUCCUUUUUUCUCCCCAAAAUUACGGGAGUUUCAUGAAAAAUUCAAUACCCCAUUUAAUGCCUUGAUCUUUCAAUGGAUUUAUUGCUCUGUGAUUGUUCUGUUCUUCCCCUCAAACAACCCUACUAUGCACUCACAAACAUGA